AUGCUCACCAUAACCCUGCCCCUUGCACUCGGUCUGGUCUUUGUUGUUGUCUUGGCUAGUCAGCCUGCUGUGGGUGAGAGCCUCACCGCUGUGGUGGCCGACGCUGGGCUGGGCCUCCGCUUUGUGGCUGCUGCCGACGGCACUGUCCGCGACCUGGCCACCAGUGGUGCGCCCACAGGGCUAACUCUUACUCGUCAUGUGGGCUUUGUCUUCUCAGACAUCCAGCAGCAUGUCCUCUACGCACUCUCCACCACAACCGGCAAGGUCUCCACCUACGCCGGCACCUUUGGCUCGUCCGGCACAGCCGACGGUCUCGGCACGGCCGCCCAGUUCAACGCUCCGCGCGCUCUUCUCGCUCAUCCCUCUGUCGACGACAUCUAUGUCGCCGACACGGGCAACUUUCUCCUCCGCCGCAUCACCGCCUCGGGUGCCGUCACCACCCUCGUUGGUACUACCAUCUCGGGCACCACCGACGGGACCGGAACCAACGCCCAGCUCAAGGGUCCCAACGCCCUCGCCUGGAACGCAGACGCCUCGGUCCUCUACAUCGCCGACGUCGACCGUGUCCGCGCAGUCACCUUGCCGGCUCUCGAGGUCACCACCAUUGCGACGAGCGUCGGAACAGGCCUCGUUGCCAUCGGCUUUGACCCGCGCUCCUCGCUCCUCUACGUUGCAGGUGCAGGCCUGACCUCGGUCUCCUCGGUCUCGCUCAGCGGAACUGUCACCAACAUCCUCGGCACCGCCGCAGGCACCAACUUUGGCUCGGGCGAGGGCGAUGCUGCCCGCUUCCGCGCCAUCGCUGGCAUGGCCCUCGACACCACCUCGUCGACCACCGACACCACCCUUUACCUGUCGGACUCACACUGCUCGCCCACCGCCGGCAAGGCCACCGUCCGCAAGGCCACUCUGUCAGGCCGUGUCCUGUCCACGCUGGCCGGCGCCGGCGAGGCCUGCUCGCCUUCACCCAUUGCGGCGCCCGUUGUCAGCCGCGGCGCUCUCGACAACGCCCUCGUUGCUGGCGGCACCGGCACGUCCGCCCGCUUCCUCGCGCCAUCGACUGUCGUCAUUGUCCGCGAGCUGUGCGGCUCGUUCAAGGCCCUCGACGACACCAGCGCGUGGGUCGUCUCGUGCUCGGGCGCCAACCUGGGCUCAUCGGUCGAGCUCCCCGUGAGCAUCUCCGAAUCGACGCUCGCGCUCUCGUCGACAGUCCGCUUCGCUUCGGAUGUGGUUGUGACCCAGUCGGGCAAGCUCUCGCUUGAUACCUCUGGCAGUCUCACCGGCGCAGCAGGCUUUGCUGUCCAGGGCGUGCUGUCCAUCAACGGUGGAUCGGCCUCGCUGGCCUCGCUCACACUCCGCUCCACCGGCAUCAUCGAGUACAUCUACGCCACCCGCGCUACCUCGGCCGUAGCCGUCACCGGCUCGGUGGUCACCGGUGGCGCCGCCGUUGUCACACUCGGCGCGAGCGAGGAGCUGGCCCCGGGCACCCAGAUUGUGCUCUUCACGUGGACCGCGGGUGGGAGUCUCGACACCACCAACUCGGUUCCCAUGCGUGGGUGGAUCAACAUUGCGCUCGGAGCGAGGUCCGUUCGCUCACGCUCGCUCCUCCAGGCCACCCGCCUCUCGGUCGACUGCACUGAGAACACCAAGUCGUGCGUAGCGACCGCCCUCGGCGCCAACAUCGCCAACGACGACGACGACGAGCUCGGGCUCAUUGUUUCGCUCACCAUAAUCGCCUCACUCUUCAUCUGCACUGUCAUCGUCUUUACCCUCUGCGGCCUCAAGUACUUCCGAGGCGGCUACGGCAACGUUGCCACCGCCCGCCUCGUCGAGCUCGACAAGAAGCGGAGCCAGGAGCUCAACCGCCGCCGGCAGCGCGCCGACGAGCUCGACGCCGCUAUUGCGUCGUCGGCGCCCGAGUUUGCCCGCCCGGUCGCUCCUGGUGAGGCUGUUCUUCGCGACGACAACGACUCGUCAUCGGGCCCGUUCGACGUUGACUCCUCGGGCCUCUACUCGGGCUCGUACUCGUCGUGACCAUCUGCCGUCACCCCGACUCGUACUCGUACUCCUCGCCGCCGGCGUCGCGGCGGACGCCAGCUAGGAACGCCUCGAUCUCGGCCCGGUCCUUCUCGUUAAAUUCCUCGAGCGCCACA